AUGCCUAUUUUAUGUAUUUCCUCUUUGCGUCGACUAGAAAUUCAUAUUGAUGAGAUAGUAGAAAGUCGACAAGUCUCCACAUUGAUCACGAUACCAAGCGAAAUUGAACAAUUUAUUUUUGAUUCAGGCUCCACGAUUAGCUGGAAUGAUUUUUCAGGUGAAAUGUCUAAUUUUAGUCGUAUUCGUUUUCUUAGCAUUGGCUUGCUUGAUCAUAAUCAGAAACCUAUACCUGCACGCAUUUUGCAGAAUGUUCGUACUCUUAGUCUCGGGUUACUUGAAGUACCUUUCAAUUGGAUCAUUCAAUUAGUAGCCACAGCAUCAUGCCUCGUCAAACUGAAGCUGACUGGUUUGGUAGAUGCUGACGGCUUUGUUAUUAAUCAAAGAUGGAUUCGUCUGUUUGAGUUAGCAUCGACUCUUUUACGAGUAUUUGUUAAUGUAUCUCUGGAACAAAGUGAUGAAUCAUAUCAUUGCGAAAAAAUCCAAGCAUCACUAUGUGCUCUUAAUCUGAGUCUUAUAUGUAAUGGUGAUGAUAAUGAUUGCAAUCUUUACUAUGGAACAACAGAAAACAAGCACUUUCACUUACAGACACCAACUAAAGCAAUAACAAAAAAUAAUACACUGACUCAAGUACGCAUUCCUCAAUUCAAUCGGGAAGAUGACAAAACUCAAUCAUUUCAAGUGUCAUUGAUAGCUUCCACAACGACUCAGGAAGUCACAACAACUUCUCGGACUAAACGUCGACUACAAUCAAUACAGAAUUAUGUCAACGUUGAAACUGGAAAUAUUGAGAAAAAACGAAUACAAGCACGUGAAAGAAUGGCUGCUAAGCGAGCUGAGGCUACACCAGAGGAAACUGAGAGACAACGGAUACUUGCAAGGAAAAGAAGUGCUGCUAGAAGAGCUGCUUUAACACCAGAAGAGGCUGAAGAACAGCGAGCACUCAAUCGUGAAAAGAAUACAGAUAGACGAGCUGCUUUUACAUCUGAGGAAAUCGACCAACAACGAACGCUCAAUCGUGACAAAAUGGCAGCUUGGAGAGCUACUUUGACAACGAAAGAAGUCGAACAACAACGGGCACUUGCCGGAGACAGAACUAUGGCUAAACGAGCUACUUUGUCACCGAUAGAAGCUGAAGAACAGCGAGUACUAGCUCGCAAGAGAAGUGCCACAAGACGGGCUGCAUAUAUAUCGGAAGAAGCUAAAAAACAGCAAGCACUGACUCAUAAGAGAAUCCGCCUUCAGAAAAAUGACAAGCACAAACAAGUAGUGACAAAAGGAACAGUAUGUAAAAGUGUUGAUGUUGAAUGGCCGAAACCAAUUGAUAUAGAAUGCAAGACUAACUGUUUGAAAAACUUCAUAUAG